UCUUCCCUCUCCCCUGCAGUGUUGCACACUGCCAUCAUGAGCCUCCAGGCCUCUUUUCUUACGCUAUUUGUUUGUUUUAUCUUGUUUUCCUUGUCUGUCACCCAUUUUUCAAGUUCUGCCAAGGAGUCAGGCUGUUUCAAAGUCAACAACUGCAAAUGCAUCAUGAAAGAUGGGAGUGGAGUGAUUAACCUGAACGCUAUGGGAGAUGCAGAUGGUUUCUUGGGGCAUUUAAAGCCUGUGGCAGCAGACAUCAUGCCAGUCAAUGCAGAACUGCUCCUGUCCUUCAGCCCCUGCCAGCAUUUCUCCCAGCCAGAGGACCUGACAGCGACUGACUGCACUGAUGUGGCUGCAUGCCUCAUUGUCAGGUAUCAUGAUCUCAGUGGAUACACCAGCCACUAUAUCAACUAUGGCAGACAUGAAGGGAAUCAUUUCCACUAUAAUCACACUCUGAACAUACUGUCUGUCUCUUACUUUGCUCACAGCGACGGGCCGCUGACUGUAGUCCAUUAUCACUGCAAUGCAAAUCAGUCCAUGUCCAUCAUCUGGAGCCAGAGCCUCAGCACAGAGGGGAACCUGCAAAUCUGGGUGGAGAGCCCUUGUGCCUGUCCAAAUGCCUGUGCCAUGGGAGAUCUGGGUCAUGGCACCAUCUUCCUCAUCAUCCUCUCCCUCAGUGCUGCAGCCUACUUUAUCCUUGGCUCCUGUGCUCUGAGGCCUUUCCGGAGCAGUAGUGGAGUCCAGAUCUCUCCGGAGCGCAGUGUGUGGUGUAUGAUCUGCUACCUCUGUACUGAAAGAAGGCCAGCGAGGAGACACUACACAGAUGUGACACACUGUGAUCGAUGAACUCUGGAACGCUGCAAAGUGUCUCGGCCUGUUGUGUUUUGUCGACCUAAAGCUGUCAAGAGUUGUGGACCAGGUUCUGUCCUACAACAAGCUGAAAGUGAACUGAAUCAAUAAUAGAGAUAAAUGUGUUUUACUCUGGUAUUGUAAAAAAAAAAAAAAAAAACUGACAAAGUUCAUAUUUGAAACACAUUUUAUGAAAUAUGUUUGUACAACUUUGGAAAUAAUUAUUACUCCGCCAAGAAAUUCUGUGGAUGAUCGAAGUUGGUUUGUCUGUUAUUUAUAGGUUAGCAACAUUACUCAAAAACGGAGUAACGGAUUUGGAUGAAAUUUUCAGGGAAGGUCAGAAAUGACACAAGGACUAAGUAAUUAGAUUUUGGCAGUGAAGCGGAUUAUAGUCUGGAUCCACAGACUCGUUAAAGAUUUCUGUAUCAUUGCAAGAUAGCAUCACGCUGUCACUAACUAUGACAACAAGUGAACACUACGUCAGCUGUCUGCUGACGAUCACAUGAUUGCGAUCCUGCUACAAAUCCACUGCUGUGGACUAAUUGGGAAUAAUCCAUCUGAAAUGAUGCAAGGAACAACUGAUUAAAUUGUGUGGGUGUUUCUGAGUCCCAUCAAUUCCCGCUGCCUGCUACAUAUUUAGGUCACGUGAUUCAGUAUCUGUACAUAACGCACACAUGCAAAGCACACGCCUGUGCUCAAGGUCAUUUUGUUUGUGGGUACAUCUAUAUUAAAUGGACACAUUCUAUGUUGUUGUGAUUUCUGAUCAUCAAUAACUAAUAAACACAUGCUGCACUUCUAAAAAAAAAAAUUCUGCGUUUCUGGCAAUGCCAUAUGGGGGAAUGAACAGCCUUGGCGGAGUACUGCGCUCUCUGAGUGCUUUUCCAGUUAAACUACCGUCCUGCUACCUGUCCUUCUUAAGGCCAGCUGUUUUGCUGAUUCCCAGCCAGUUAGUGACACUUCUCCCUUUAACCCUUCUCCUGGCUGUCUUCUUGUCACUGCAAUUCUUUUAUUUUGGGCAUUAGCCAUUUAAAGACAACAGAAACAAAUAGUGAGCACAGCAAUGGCAUAUUGUGACCUAUUAAAGCUGGGGUGGGAAGUAUGUUUUGGUACAAAUUUGCAAAAGUUCCAUAAUAAACCUUUAGAAUGUUGUAUUUCAGGUGAUCUGAGAAGGAUCUAGACUUCUGUUCAACAAAGGCUGCUCGGUUUUCUGCUCUGUUUUCAGGCCUUAGAAAGUCUAGAAUGUGACGAGAGAUCGAUUUUUUUGUCCCCAAAAUCAGGCCACAGAGUAUAAAGAGCUGUGAAGUGUGUUGUGGGACUAUAAUGUGGUGACCCAAUGGUUCAGAUGGAGGAA